AUGAAACCUGUGGUGUCGCCGGGAAAAGCAUGGUUUUGUACAGUUAUAUCUGCAUUUGGAGUUGUUAUACUAUCAGUUUUAGCGGCAUUAUUUUAUGUUGAGCAUGAAUCGAUGAUGGGCUCAAUUACCUCGCCAAGUGAUGGUAAGGGAGUUGCAAAAACUAUAACAGGAGCAAUUAUAUUAUACGCUAUUUUCCUUGUAUUUUGUGGUUUACAAGUCAUAUUAAUUAGGAAACAGGAUAAGAUUAGACUGGAAUGA